AUGACCAUCGAAGCUAGCAUAGUAAACCUCGUCUACCUUAUCGCCGCCGUCCUGUUCAUCUUCGGACUUAAGAGCCUCUCCCAUCCCCGGACCGCCGUCAGGGGCAACAUCAUGGGCGCCAGCGGCAUGCUCAUUGCCGUGAUAAUCACCCUGUUCGAUCAGCAGAUAGUGCGGUUUGAGCUGAUCUUGGUUGGCCUCGUCAUUGGCGCAUCGAUAGGAGUAGUGCUGGCGACGAGGGUGGCCCUAACCUCCAUGCCCCAGCUUGUAGCGUUGUUCAACGGCCUAGGCGGCGCCGCCUCCAUGCUGGUGGCUGGCGCUGCUUUGGAGCAAGAGCUUUUCAAGGGGACAGACCUGGGGCCUGCAGUUCACCAUAGCUUCCGGCCUCUCCGCCCUCAUUGGAUCGGGCGUCAUGUACUCAACAUCCUGCUGGGGCUGGUCUCUGUUGGCUUGGUGGUAUGGCUAGCUAUAGAUCCCUCUAGCAGCGUCCCGUUCUGGGCCUUGGUAGCAGUUGCAGCGGUAUUCGGUAUCACCCUAGUCGUACCCAUUGGUGGAGCGGAUAUGCCCGUGGUCAUAUCUUUGCUCAACUCCUACUCUGGCCUGGCCGCCGCCGCCACGGGCUUCGUUCUUGAGAAUAAUAUGCUGAUAAUCGCAGGAUCGUUGGUGGGAGCCGCCGGCCUCAUCCUGACCCGCAUCAUGUCUAAGGCCAUGAACCGGUCUCUGACCAACGUUCUCUUUGCCGGCGUGGGCGCUGUGGCAGCCUCUGCGGCGGAGGCUGACGAGGUGUACGGGGGCAAGAUAAAGGCGGCCGCGGCUGACGAAAUAGCCAUGCUUAUGGAAGACGCGCGCAGGGUCGUCAUAGUGCCCGGCUACGGAAUGGCGGUAGCGCAAGCUCAGUUCGCAGUACGGGACCUAACCAAUCUGCUGGAUUCCAAAGGCGUUGAAGUUGAGUUUGCAAUCCACCCGGUAGCGGGCCGCAUGCCCGGUCAUAUGAACGUCCUGCUAGCUGAAGUGAACAUACCGUACGAGAAAUUGCGAGAGAUGGACGACAUAAAUCCCAGCUUUGAGCAAACGGACAUGGUGCUUGUGAUUGGCGCCAACGACGUAGUGAACCCCGUGGCCAGAGACAUGGACGAUCCCUCCAAUCCGAUAGCCGGCAUGCCUAUUCUGAACGUGGACCAUGCGCGUACGGUGGUGGUGAUCAAGCGCAGCUUGAGCCCGGGGUUUGCCGGGAUACCUAACCCACUUUUUGCUGCGGAUAACACGUUGAUGUUCUUUUCGGAUGCCAAGCAGGCCGCGUUAGACCUGGUCUCCGCAAUAAAAGAGGUCUAA